GUUGGACAGAUAAAGCAGUCGUAUAACCACCUUUCCUUGGCUCGAUGCCUACCCAGCGAAUAUCGCGGUUUUCUGGAGCAUAUUGAAUCCUGCUCCUACCCCGAUCGUCCGGACUACGGAAUGCUGCGUUCUCUCAUCCAACAGGCCAUAAUUCGUCGCAAUAUCCGUGAAUCUGAUCCCUUCGACUGGGAGGCUGAGGUGGCAGUCGCCGAGCAGCCACCACCAAAACAGGCUCCAGUGAAUAAAGAGGCCAAAGCAGCUGCUGUGGUUCCUCGUCCGAGCUACCUAGACACUGUCGGAGGUGCUGUGGAGGGUACCAUGGCUGUUAGUGCUACAGCAAAUGACGUCGCCCUUCCUGCUUGGUCUCGUGUUCAGCGUCUGGCCACUCGAGCUUCUGAUCACUUCCUUGAAUCGCUUGAAGACGGAAGAAUGGUGGAGGAUGCGGGACGGCAUGCCUAUGCAUCAGGAGGGCUGAAGAAUACCGCCGUAGGACAGUCGAAUUCCUCUCGUGGAGCUGGUACAAAACAUGGAGACACCAAUGCAGUGGCACUAGCACCACGGGUGUCGAAGCAGAGUUUCGUGGAAACUGGCCGUCAACAGGGCCCGCGAACUCAACAGAAACCACCCAAAGUUGGUAUCAAUGAGGUGGGAGGUCGAGCUCACAUCCCCUCUCUAAGAAAUAAGUCUCGAGAGCACAAUGUGGAUGCGAGACAUGCCCCUGCCAAUAACAACAGCAAUCAUCAUAAUCAUCGCCACAGAGAUGAGUUUCCACGUGCCACUAGUCUUCCCCUUCCUGCUUCCUCACGCUAUCGAUCUACCUCAAUUAUCCCCAACCAUCACCACCACCAACAACAACAACAACAACAGCGAAGAGUCCUCCUCGGUUCAACCUCUGACUUGGCGGACCGAAGUACUGGCGAUGUCAGUGCAGAGUCGGUGGCGGGAGCGACGCAUGCUCUGGCUCUCUCCAUUGCCAAUCAAGGAAAAUAUCCAGGAGGAAGUAGGGUGUGUCGUUUGAACAGCGGUUCCAUGACUCAAAUGGCAGGGUUAGGGUUGUCCUCCCAGGAUCUCCCUUCCUUCGUUGGUGACGAUGUUGGUGGCUGUGUUGGUGGUUGUGCAACUGGAUUGGCUCAAUCAUCGGAAAACCACCAAUCAGAUGUGUUCGUCAAGGGCGUGUCGAAGCCUUCUCGACGUGUAUCAUCCGCAUCUCUAUCAGAGCAGCAGCAAAAUGGCGGUGGAGGGGGUGGUGACCACACUCCAAAAUCAGGAUCGCCUUCACAACAGCAACAGUUACAUCCAUAUCGGGAGAACCACCAAAUGGGAAAUUGGCGAUCAGAUAGGUUUCCUCGUCCUAUACCGCGUUGUACAGGUGUUACAAGGGUUUCUUGUUCUCCGCCACGGCAACAGAAACAACUGCAGCAACAACAGCAUUUUAAUUCAGUACGACGUCGACGUUGUGACUCUCCUGCCCGGUGGAAUUGUAUUAAUGGUAAUAACACAGGCAUUUCACCGACGUCAGCGUUGCAACAGUCAGUUUACGCCAUGCGACGGCUGACUGGAUCAGCAGUUCGCCGUUCAGCCAGUCAUACAAAACUGGACAAUGCCUGUGCUCGUCCCGAUUCACCCUUCUGCUCCUGGUGUUCGUCCGGUCAGCAACCACCGAUGGCGCCACCCUUUCAACACGGUGAUAUCGAUUCGCCCUCACAGCCUCCACCACCGCCUUCAGUGUCAAAUUUCUCCCGACCUGGAACGAGGUCCAGAUCCUCCUCUAGGUCAUCCAUUCGACAGCAAAAUAUGCGGUCACCACGGGCUUUCCUACCACCUAACACCACCGCAUCUAUACCUGCUGACAAAAUGACGACUAAUUUGGAUGAAAAUUUGGAUGAGAAAGGACUUACCGAUGGAAUGCUGAUGAUGCGGUUGGUGACAGGAAAUGGAUGUUCCAGUAACGGUUGUGGAGUAGGCACACCGUCUUCGAUAUCACCACGACCGCCCGAGUUACCGGUGUCACCGACGGGUCGAGGAGCAAUGGCGGCGCGACGGAGGAAAUAUCGACCCAGAGGUAGUGCUGUGCCACCACCACCAUCCUCACUGCUUGUGGGCAAUUCAACCACCACCACGAGUGGAACUGCCCCCUCCCUGUUGUUUGUUCAGCCCACGCCUAGCCCCCCAGCAGUGAUGGGAGCCGUGUCGCCAGCAGUAGCGGUGCAAACUAUUCAACAGCAGCCGCCCUCCCCAAAAGUGGAGUGA